AACCACCACCACUUCAAACCCAAGCACUCCCCCUUUUCGCUGUCUUGAUUUAUACUUUGAUCGUUGUGAUGUUGAAAUCGUGCAAUCUUGUAAUGGGUUACUACUUUGCUCUACCAACGGCCUCAAAGGCGCUUAUAAAUAUUAUGUAUUUAAUCCCACCACCAAGCAGUUGGCACUCGUCCCACCCGUUCCCGGAGAUCCUAGCUCUAUAUGGUUUAUGGGUCUGGCAUUUCAUCAAACAGAUUGUGUUCGCUACAAAGUUAUCUGUGUUCUUUCUGUUGAUGUGGAUUCGUAUCAGAUUCAAGUCUACUCGUCUGACACAAAGGAAUGGAAGAUAUCUAUCGAAUCUUUCCCUGCCUCUAUACCCAUCAUCCGUGACGGGGUUUACUGGAAUGGAGCUGUUUAUUGGGCUUCUUUAUUUGACAAUAGAAAUUACUGGUACUUCAAAAUAGAUGAUCAACAGCUGCACACGUUACCCUUGCCUCUUGGCUUGAUCCCUUCUGAUUCUGAAGUGGUGACAAAGUACUUGGGAGAAUCCAGAGGUCAUCUACAUUUAAUUGCAUACAAGAAUUUCCAAGGAGGUAUGUUACGCCUGAAUGUGUAUGAGAUGUUGAGCGAUCAUUCUGGCUGGUUUGUCAAGUAUCAACUACAGCUUGAUGAACUUCCCGCUGCUGCUUUCCCAAGUAGGAUCGUUGGGUACGUUCCCGAUUAUGAGUUCCAAGUCAUGGAUGUGGUUAGAGGCGAAGAAGAAGAAGAUACAUUCCUGGUGCUGGAAACUCUUGAAAAGAUUAUAACAUACAAUUUUCAUGACAGGAGUUUUAAACAGAUAUAUAGUUUUACCAAAUAUUGUAGUUCAAGUUUUUAUCGUUACACCGAAACCUUGUCUUCUUUCUAAAAGACAUUUCGGAAUGUUUAUAUCUCGUACUAGAUUGAUUUAGUAAAGGUUUGUCUUGGUUGAAAACUUUGUUUAUCAACAAAUUGAAUUUCAUUUACUUGCAAAUGUUUAUGUUUUGGCCGAUUUAUGUCAAACUGGAAGGUUAACUCAACCGACAGUUCCUAGGUAUUUAAGACCAAUGCUUCUAACAUGCGCAGUUAUUGCAAUCACAUCGUUCAUCUUGU